AAAUGUCUUCUACAACCAUGCCUACGAACCCCGAAGAUUAUACGAUUGCAUGGAUCGCGGCCUUGCCACACGAACGAGCGGCAGGAGAAAUGAUGUUAGACCAAAAGUUUGACCAACCAGAGAGUUUUACCAAAAAUGUCUGUGACCCUAAUAGUUAUUCCUGGGGCCGGAUGGGCAAACAUCUCGUCGUGAUUGCUUCCCUGCCGGCUGGAGAAUACGGGACAACAACCACAGCCAUAACAGCUCAAGGACUACGCUCUUCACUACCUCAUAUUCGUGUUGGUCUACUUGUUGGUAUCGGAGCCGGCAUCCCCGGAGAAACAUGCAACACCGACGGCGCUGUCACAGUCAGGCACGACAUUCGCCUCGGCGAUGUGGUGGUGAGCAAUCCUGACGGCAGCAACGGUGGAGUGGUGCAGUACGAUCUGGUCAAAGCAAAAGACUCAUUUGAGCGAAAAGGAUCACUCAACAGCCCGCCCCUAGCACUUCGCAGUGCUCUCUCGGCUUUACAAGCAGAGUACGAGUAUCAAGAUUCCAAGAUUCCCAGCAUCAUAAAUGUCGCAAUGGCGAAGUUCCCUAAGGCAGCACUAAAGUACAGCCGCCCAGCUGAAGCACCUGACAGGCUAUUUCGAGCCUCUGUUAAACACGCUGGUGGCGAAGACUGCACAAAUUGCGAUCCAGCAGGACAUAUCAAACGUACUCUCCGCGAGGACCCCGAGAUUCACUACGGAACAAUUGCCUGCGGCAAUACUCUGGUCAAGAAUGCUGCACAUAGGGAUGAAAUUGUUAGCUGGCUGCACAAGGAGAACGUGGACCCCCUGUGUUUUGAGAUGGAGGCUGCUGGACUGAUGAAUGCUUUUCCUUGUCUGGUGAUCAGGGGCAUAUGCGAUUAUGGAGAUUCUCACAAGAAUGAUGCGUGGCAAAGAUAUGCUGCAAUCACAGCAGCAGCCUUCGCGAAAGAGUAUCUCGGUUUUGUGGAUGUCGAAGAGGUCAAAAGACUGGAUGGACUUCACAAAACGCUCACGGAUAUUAAUGACGUGAUCGAAUGCAACCAGAAGAUACGGUCCGCUCUAGAAACCUCAAGAGAAGUCUAUCAUCGAAGGAGAAUCGUUGAAUGGCUAUCACCUCCAGAUCCAUCGUUCAAUUAUCAUAGGAUGCUACAACAACGACAUGGGGAGACAGGCCGCUGGUUCCUCGAGAGCAGUACUUUCGAACAGUGGAAGGCAGAUUCAAAGUCUUUCUUAUGGCUUCAUGGUAUACCUGGUUGCGGCAAAACAGUCCUAAGUUCUACAAUCAUAGAGCAUCUCGAGCAAGAAACGACCUGUGGAUUACUGCUUUAUUUCUACUUCGACUUCAACGACAAGAACAAACAAUCAUUCGACAAUAUGCUGCGAUCUAUCAUUCUACAGGUCUACCAAUCACAGCCAGACAGCCGACGGCCGCUCGAAGAAAUGUGUGAUCUCUAUUUCGAGGGAUCUCGACAACCGUCUACGGACUCUCUGCAAAAAGUGCUACAAGCCAUGUUAAAUAGAACCGACGACGUAAGUAUCGUUCUAGAUGCCUUGGACGAGUCAGAGUCAAAGCCAAGAGAUAAACUGCUUGCUUGGCUCAAAACCCUUGUCGAGAGUACGAGCACUGCUUGUCGGCUUCUGGUCACUGCUCGAAGGGAGGAGGACAUUGAGUCAGCCCUCCAAUGUUGGACCCGUGCCGAAGACAGGAUACCAAUUCCGCGACAUGAAGUGAACAGAGAUAUUGGCGUAUACAUCAAACACCAAGUAGACAAUGGACACAAUCUUAAAAGAUGGCGUUCUCGACCAGAUCUGCAGGCGGAGAUCAAGACCAAACUCACAAACAAAGCUGGCGGAAUUUUUCUUUACAACAUCGAAGAGACGCUAAGCGAAAGACAGGNNUUCCGGUGGGUGGCUUGCCAAAUAGAGACACUGAAAGACUGCUUGAACCAGCAAGAUCUCCGCAGCGCGCUGGAAAAUCUGCCCGAGACGCUUGAUGAGACGUACCAUCGGAUUCUGAACAACAUCCCUAGAAUCUACCACGAACGUACGAUGACCAUCCUGAGACUUCUAACGUGGUCCGAGAGGCCUCUGCGGCCAGAGGAGCUGGUGGAUGCAGUCGCAGUGCAGCCGGAUAACCAACCGAGUUUUGAUCCCAACAAUCGUAUGCCCGAGCCCGGAGAUAUCAUGAAAAUCUGCUCCAGUCUUGUGGUCUCUGUACGAGGGUUUUAUAAACCUUAUUCUGGCAUGGAAUAUGGCAGGAACUACGUUGGGACCGAGGUGACGGGACUGCAACUGGCGCAUUUCUCCGUCAAAGAGUACUUGAUUUCUGAUCUCGUACCACAAUACAUCUCCGGUUGCCUUUCAGAAAUCCCAGCAAGAGCAAGAAUAGCGUCAUUGUGCCUUGCUUACCUUUCAGAUUUGGAUCACAAUCUAUCAUCUUUCAAGAUGCGAGCAAAAUUUCCAUUCGCCCAGUAUUGUGCGAGAUAUUGGCCGGGCCACGCCAAGGCAGCCGGCGGAGUGGACGAAGGACUACACGCCCGAAUUCUGAAAUUCUUAGAUGAGAAGAAGGCCUAUCGAACAUGUUAUAAACUUUGGGAUCCGGAANAAGCAUGGGAUCAAGAACAGGCAUCGUGUCCAGAAGGAAAGCGAUGGGCACGGUGGACAAGGGGGAUGCAAACGCCUAGUACCUUGUAUUACACAUCUCUAACAGGACUAACAGAAAUCGUUGAGGCAUUGCUUGCGAAAGGAGCAGAAAUCAAUGAGCUGGGUGGAAGAUACGGAAAUGCAGUGCAAGUAGCUUCUGCAUACGGACACGUCAAGAUCGUGCGGAUGCUGCUAGGGAGGGGUGCCUUCCUAGAUGUCUCGAGUGACUGCUUCUGCGAGGCACUGCUAGCAGCUUCAGACAGAGACCAUGCCGAAAUCGUGCAGAUACUGGCUGCUAGAGGCGCAAACCUCAAGCCGCUGAAAAGACAAUCAGCUGCUCGAUACAGGCGCAAAUAUCAACCCUGGUACAUCGCAGGCGGCUGCAAAACCAGUUUCUCAGAGACUUCGCAUUUCAUGGACCCCGAUCUACGACCC